AUGGACAACAGACGUAAAAUAUCAGUUAUUGCUGUUGGUACAAAUGGACAUGGAUCAAAUCGAAUCAUACCAAAUAAUGAAGAACAUAAUUUAGAGAUAGAUCUGCCAAUCGAUAUGAUAAUGGAAAAUUUACCAAAAUAUCGACCAACUGAAUUAAAGUCACUUGGAGUUCUUCCUGAUUCAAUUCUUGUAUCUGUAUUUGCUUACUUAACUCCUAUUGAUCUUAUUCGUUGUACGCACGUAUGUCACCGUUGGCAUCUACUUGUUUCACAUCAUCAACAAUUAUGGCGACGUCUUUUUCUACGUCCAGAUUGUGGUAACGGUUUUAUUGGUGCAGUGCAUGUUCGUCAUAUUGAUAAAUUUAUUUUUAUGCUUGGUACUCGUUGUGCAUCAGCACUUGUUUGUAUUGAUUUACCUGUUGAACUAAUCACAGUUGAAAUUUUACGUGUAUUAGCUAAUCAUUGUCCAAAUUUAGAGUAUUUAACGCUUGAUUUUUCAUCAGCAAUGCAAUUACAUGAUUUUAAUGACUUAAAUGAAUUUCCAUGCAAUCUUAAACGUUUAUGUGUUUGUUUAUCAGAAGUCAUAUUUCUCGAAGCUUUUAUGCGCCGAAUCUAUGGAUAUAUUUCAUCGUUAAAUACUUUACAUAUUAUUGGUACAAUGGAAAAAUCUUCAAUAGCAUCACCAGAAGAAACAGAUACAUAUGAAACAAUCAAUAUUAGUAAAAUCAAAACUCAUGCACCAAAUUUACGUAUCAUCAAUUUAUAUGGUAUCGGUUUUAUUGAUGAUAAUCAUAUAGAACUUAUUGCAUCUGGUUGUAUGCAUCUUCAAUGUCUUGCACUAAAUUUUUGUGUUAGAGUACAUGGAACUAGUUUUAAAAAUCUAAUGAAUCGUUGUGCAAAAUUACAAUGUUUAUUAUUACAAAAUACGGGUAUUGAAGAUGAAGCCAUGCUUACUGUUAAUUGGUCAUCAACUCAACUAACAGAAUUAGAUAUUUCAUCAACAGAACUAACUGAAAAAGGUCUGCUGGAGUUUUUCUCUCGCGUACCAAAACUUACAUAUUUAGCAGUUUCCUACUGUGAUGGUUUUACGGAUAAGGUAUUAAAAUUAUUAAUGGAACGAGGUACAUUGAAUGGAUGUCGAGCACUUGAUUUAAGUAAUACAGUGAAUUUAAAUGUUGAAACAACUCAUCAUCUAUUGACAUCAUCACCCGGUGUAACUUAUCGACUUGAAGCAUUAAACUACACAGGUUGCGAUGCUAUUACAGAACAAUUUUGGAUUGAUUCUAUCCGAUUUCUUCAUCGAAUCAAAAUACUAAUUAUUGGUACAGCACAUAGUUGGUUUAGACAAAUAUCACGUCGUAUUCAUAUUGAUCAAAUAUUGGAAUCUUGUGCGAUACAUUGUCCUCAUCUAAGACGUUUUGAAAUUCAAUGGGAUCCCGAAACAUUACGUUUUAGUGAAAAUUCAUCGAAAUUCAUCGAUCAUCUUAGAGUAAGAUGUACAAAUUUAUUAUCAUUUGUUCUUUCCGAUGGACCUUACUAUGAAGGAACUAAAGCAAAUUUUGAACGUGCUGAACGAUUUAGUGUAGUAAGAACAACAACCAUGUAUCAAACAAGUAUUGUUGGUGCACUUAAUUUUUAUAAUGAAUUGAGAUUUAAUUAA